AUGGCUACUGAAAACGUUACUCUUGGUCCACAGUCCCAAAGCGGUCAGCAAGUCUUUGGUGUCGCUCGUAUCUUUGCUUCUUUCAACGAUACUUUCGUCCACAUCACCGAUUUGUCCGGUAAGGAAACCAUUGCCCGUAUUACCGGUGGUAUGAAGGUCAAGGCCGACAGAGAUGAAUCCUCUCCAUACGCCGCCAUGUUGGCCGCCCAGGAUGCCGCUGCUAAGUGUAAGGAAGUCGGUAUUACCGCCGUCCACGUCAAGAUUAGAGCUACCGGUGGUACCAAGACCAAGACCCCAGGUCCAGGUGGUCAGUCCGCUUUGAGAGCCUUGGCUAGAUCCGGUUUGAGAAUUGGGAGAAUCGAAGAUGUCACCCCAAUCCCAUCGGACUCUACCAGAAAGAAGGGUGGUCGUCGUGGUAGAAGAUUGUAA